GUAGACAUCUGGCGCCACGGCUGUCUGCUUGAGAAACAAUAGACAUCUGGCGCCGCACUGUCCGCUUGUCGAAACAAUAGACAUCUGGCGCCACAGCCGUCUGCUUGAACAAUUGCAGAGUCUGGCGCCGCGACUGUCUGCUUGCGUCUGGCGCCGUAUAGCCGUAUGUUCUGGUAAUUUCCAGACGCGAUAUUCUAGAAGGACACGUCGGCAUCAGCGAGAAGUGCGUGGCUAUAUAAGCCGUGGCAGCGCCAACGUAAUCAGUCAGUGCUAAGAGUAAACUGCUAUAGUGUAGACGAGUUGUGAAAUAAAGAGUUGUUGAAUUUAAUUAAACAGUUUUGGUUUUAUUUGUCAAUCCAGAGGUACGAACCUAACAAAGUGAACUAGCAAGCAGUAAAAUCGUAACAAUAUGUAUGUUUAUAGAUACAUCGUAUAUAACAUUUAUAUAUAGAGUAUAUGUAUAACGAGGUAAUUUGUUAUGCAUAUAUGUAUAUAUGUAUGUAUGUAUGGAUGUUUGAUUUUAUUGUUUUGUUUUGUAUUAUAUGCUACUUAAUAAUAAUUUUGGCUUUGCUGUAUAGAAUUCUGCUUAAUGUUUUAUUAAGCAGGAGGGGUUUAUCGGUAAAUUUUCGCAAAUAAAUAUUUGAAUUUGUGUUGUUUUUUGUUAGUUAAGCUAUAAGCAGGCAUCGACCCAGCAAAACUUGCGUGACCGAAACUCCAACACAUUUACACAAUUUUUACAUGUCACUAACACACCCUCACAAUUCUGUCAAGUGAGUAAGAGAUCAAUCAAUUGUGUCUUUUGCUUGUUUUAUAUUACACGCUCUUCACUCAACAGAUGUUAAGAAAAAUAAAACAAAAGAAGACAAACUGAUUUUUUAGCUGUCAUUGCUUAUUGAAAACAAUGGAUGUGAAAGCGUACGGCAUGAUACCGUGAAUUUGACGUUUGCUUGUUCGUUGCGACUAAUUGAAUUCAAAGAAAAACGAUUCGCGAUAAGAAGUUUUCACUUUGUGGAAUUAAAUAAAUUUGCUUGUUAUAAUAUCUGUAUAUAAAAUUUGAUUAAAGAAUUUUUAAGUGGUUACUACAAACGUGUGUGAGAAAAGGGUAAGUAGCAAACAUAACAAUUAAAAUGAAAAAAAAAAUACAUUCAGUACUUAUAUGAGCCGAGAAAAAAAGGCCUUUAAUCUUAGUGCUUCUCAGUUUAUAAACUUUUCUGAAAAAGAUAUAAAUUCUGAAUUUGAUCCUAUUGUGGAGGGGUGCAGUUUAGAAAGCUCCCUUGAUUUUUCGCUAAGCAGUGAUAGUGAUAUUAGUGAUAGUGAUAGUGUAAAUUUAAAAAUGAUAGAAAAUAAUAUAUUUAGCUUAGAAUUAAAAGCAUGGGCUUUAAGAAAUAGGGUAUCCCACAAUACAUUGAGCGAUCUGUUGCAAACGCUGCGAAAAAUAGGUUGCACUGAUUUACCUUUAACGGCUAAAAGCCUCCUAGGUACCAGCCGAAAAAAGGUAAAUAUUCAAACGAUUCCAAGUGGAUCCUUUUUAUAUAGAGGAAUCCAAAAUUAUUUUAAGAAUCAUUAAUUUCCUCAACUGGAAAAUACGAAUACCAUUUUGCUUGAUGUGGGAAUAGAUGGCCUUAAAUUAUUCAAAAAUUCAAAUAAGGUAUUGUGGCCUAUUUUAGCGUCCAUAGUUGAUUUUCCAAACGUAUUGCCGUUUACAAUUGCGUGCUUUUUUUAGCUGGAACAGAAAAACCUUGGAACGUCAAUGAUUUUUUGAAAGAAUUUUGCAAAGAGGUAAACUAUUAAAAAAAAAAUGGCCUUCAAAUUAGUGUUUAUCCUAUAAAGAAAAAAUUUGAUAUUCGUUUAUUUUGCUGCGAUGCUCCUGAUAGAGCUUACAGGUGUGCAAUCGCACACUGGAAAAAGUAGCUGUUCUAAAUGUGAUCAAAUUGGUGACUACAAAGAACGGAGAGUUUGUUUUUCAAAACAAAUAAAAAAUUUAAGGACUGACCUGUCUUUUAAAAAUAGAAAUGACAGAUCACAUCACAUCACUCCUUUUAAAUUUAGAGAAAGCAUUUUAGAGUCAGGAAAUUUCAAAAUGGUUUCCCAAUUUCCUUUAGACCCGAUGCACCUUGUAGAUCUUGGCGUAUGUAAAAUGUUGCUUCAAUUGUUGAUUAAAAAAAGCAAUAUAAACGUAAGCAAAAUUAACGAAAAAAUAACAUUUCUCUCCAAUUUAGUUCCUUCAGAGUUCGGCCGAAUAUGUAGAAGUUUAGAUGACAUAAAUAUUUGGAAAGCGACAGAGUUUAGACAGUUCUUAUUGUAUAUAGGUAUAUUUGUUCUAAAAGAUUGCGUUAGUGGUGACCAUUACUACCAUUUCCUCUUAUUGCACGCAGGUAUAAGGCUACUAUCAUGCAAGAAGUCAUAUAGCAGUGAAGCCAACGUUGCCCAACAAAUCUUGGAAGAAUUCGUUGAUUUGUUUGGAAAUAUAUACGGAGACCAUUUAGUUAAUUACAACAUACAUGGUUUACUCCAUUUAACUGAAUGUACUAAGCUAUAUGGGCCUCUAGAUAACUUUUCCGCUUAUAAGUUUGAAAAUCACAUGCAAUUUUUAAAAAAACUUAUAAACAAGCUCAAUAAAAUCCUGCAGCAAUUACAUUUAAGGCUUGAAGAAAGAAAUAGUGCAGAUUUUAGUUGCAAUAAAAUUUCUAAAAUUAAUUCAUUUAAUAUAGAUUAUAAAAAAGAAAAAGACUCUUAUUGUUUUAGUAAAAAAUUAGGCCCCAUAAAAGUAAUAGGCAUGGCAGGCGAGUCUGGUAGUGCUAUAGUAUCGGCGCAUUGUUUCUUCUGUGUUGAAAGCUACUUUCAAGAACCAUUGGAAUCGUCAACUGGUUUAGGUAUUUUGUUGGCAAAUAAAUUAGAUCCACAAUUGUUUAAAAUCGAAAAAGAUUAUAUAGUUUAUAAAUAUUUUUCUAUUCCACAUGAGGGAAAGUUUCUUCUUAUACCAAUUUUACAUCAUCUAUUCCAUGAAUUUUCAAAUUAGUACUAUUUAAAGUAAUUGUGGUAUUUUCCGAAUGUAUUUUAUUUCAUGAUAUGCAUUAUUUAAAAGAAUUUUGAUACUGCCAAUUUUUUAUUUUACGAACAGAUGGAUUCACCAGCGCUGUUUGAUGCAAUUGAUUUUGAAGAAUUCCCAACAACGUCUUCGACUCCUGUAAAAGAACAACUGACAUUGAAGCGCAAAAAAAUUUGAUAUUUCUGGUUGCUACAACUCGGAGGCAAAACGAAUUGAAAACAAUUUGGCUGUGGAUGGAUAUGAAGUUUUUAAAAUGUUAAAAACUAUUUCUGCACAAUUAGAAGUAUUGACGACAAGAGUAUCCAAUAUGGAGAAAAAGAUGGACAGCUAUAUGAAAGAAAAUGUAUUGUUUUGUUAUUGUAUCCUCUAACUGCAUACAUACAUAUCUCUUUUCAGAUAAUUCAUAAAAGCGAAGAAAUGGCCCAACAAAAAACUGUGCGCGAAUGUAAGGUUUUAAUUAGAAAAAUUAACAACGAUAGCUGCAGCAUUGGAAACGGCCGAGAAACUGGAAUGCGAGGAAUUUGCUACUGCAACGUUUA